AGCCAGUUUGGCUCAAGCUGUGCACAUUUUUCAUGUUUAAGUAUUCGAAAGUUCUCUGAUUUUUUGGGGGGCCAAGAUCCUUUCAUUUCUAAUUAUUCUAUCCUGGGCCUCUUCCUGGCCACUGGGGGGCCAGGAACAGCUCGAAGCGAGCACACUUAGAACCGAACAUGCUUAGAGAUGAACGACGUGUGACCUUCGCCCCGAGAUUACAGAUUCAGCUUGAUCGCAGCCAGGUGGCUGACUCCAGGGCCCCUGGCCGAGGACUGAACCCUGAUCUCUCGACCCCUGUCCGCUAUUCCGUCCGACAGGUCCUCGGCCACGACGCUGUGCCAGCGGCAGUCCUUCGCGAUGGGAGGCGCCACCGCCGUGCAGCAGAUCCUGCGCGGCAUUGCCGCCACCAACGGCCGUCUCGACACAGUCGAUACCGAUUUGAUUGGCACGAGGGCGAUGAAGGAGUGCUUGGAAGAACUCGCAGGGAAGCUGGCGCGUGUUCAGGACUCGAUCAUCUCCCACCCGACGGCCACGGAAGAAGCGCUCGCGAAGUUCGCCCAGAACGGCGUCAUCUUCAAGUUGCAAGAGGGUGUCGACACCGCCAACAAGCAGUUCAUGGAUAUCGCUAGCUCGGACGCGAGGUCUACUACAUCAGGCACGUCGGCCGUCUGGAACUCCGUUGGUUUGUCCACCAAUCGUUCUCUCACAGCAGUUUGCGCAGGACCGAAAGCCAUCCACGUCGACGACGAGAUCGAUUCCAGCUUUUGUCGUGUCUACAUGGGGGGGUCCCCGCCCAGUCCUCGUCAAAGUCGUGUUCGCAGUGUCCGAGACGCUCAAGCCACGGGAGUUAAUCGCGACCGCCACAUCGUUUUCAGCUGAUGCCCGCAAGGUGAACAGGUCCUUCAACAUCGGCUUCGAGGACCAAGUGUAUGCGCGAGCCAUCGUCGACACGGCGAAGGAGAACAGUCCCACCUGCACAGACCCAACAUAUGUCAACGUAGUUGUUUUACGUUCUCGUCUUUGUGCACCGUCGGGGGUGAGGCGUUGUAGCAAGGCGCUUGGCAUGAUGUGGAGCAAGUCAUGACGAAUGCAUGAGGGGACUGGGUCUGUGGCACCCAUCAAUGAAGCUCGGCAGCCAAGGCUUCAAAGGCAUGCUCUUCCUCGUUGGGAACGCCGAUAGCGUGGUGCUCCACCAAACAAAGAGCACUCGAGUUGAACGAUUUUGAGAUCGACGCCAACGACGAUGGCCUUCUCACCCUCGGUAUUUUCCGCGAGGAGGCAGACAAAAUCAGCUCCGUCAUCGCGCCUCGCUAGGGGUCUACAUUGCCGUUUCAGAGUUUGUGGGCUCGUCCCCUCGAGGAACGAGAAGUGGUGGUGCACAGGAGUUCCCUGGCGCCGACUGGUCCGCGACCGUUCGGGGCGCCAUGCAAUCAUGGCACGUUAGUGCGGUUUCGAGCAUGGCUGCUACCUCUGCCCGUACCUCGCCUCGCCCGUACCUCGCUCGCCCUCACGCCGUGCAACCGAAAAGAGCUUUCGAGAGAUGCUGAUUCUGGUUUGAAUUCACUAUCGCCUGGUUUCUCUCCGCUAGCACCUGCGCUUCCGUGUGCAAAGUCAGAGCCUUACAUUGCUCAUCGACCUCGCCCUGUUCUUGGUAUGAUCAGCCGAAGAACUUCCUUUCUCUCCGCUUCUGCUCCUCGGUGCGCCGCUCGCGCUCCCUUCCAC